GUGCCAGGGCACUGACUGAACCAGCUUGCAACACAUCUUCUGAGAUGCCCUUCAAACCCCCAAAGCCUGAGAAGGCCGGGCGGACCGCCCCGCCGAAGGAGAAGAAGCCAAGGCGCCCCAGCCACUCCAGGUGUGGCGAUGGUUUCGCCACCUAUUUCCCCAGGGUGCUGAAGCACAUCCAUUCGGGCCUCAUCCUCUCCCGGUCGACCGUGAGCGUCCUGGACUCCUUCGUCAAGGACAUGUUCCAGCGCAUCGCCAGCGAGGCCGGCCGCCUGGCCCGCCAGAACCAUCGCUCCACCAUCACUUCCAGAGACAUCCAAACAGCCGUGCGCUUCCUGCUGCCCAGGGAGAUCAGCAAGCACGCGGAGUACGAGGCCACAAGGGCCCUCAGCCCAGCCGCUCACAUCCCCGCCA